GACCGGAAGCUGGAUCCAAACAUAAUUGAACGCCACCUCCUGCACAACAUCAUCAUCCAUUGCCGCCGAGCAAUAAUCAGCGGCCAUCAGCCCAACAUGCAGACGGUCAACGACGGGGGAGAGGCUACGCCUCCGGUCCUAUUUCGGUCGGGAAAGAAACGAAAGAUGUAUCGCCUGCGAGCGGACCAGCCGAUCGAUGAGAGCAACGGCGGAGCCGCCACCGAGACUGGCCCCGCCGCAUCCUCUACCACACAUGCCGCGUCUGCCAACUACGACGAGAACGACGAAGGUCUUUCAGUCGCCGAGGUGCUGCGUCUGCGGAACGCGCGCAAACAUCGGUCUGGUGGCGUCGGUUUCCGGGCAGGACCGUCCUCCCAUGGCGACGAGCCGGCGACAGGCGAGCAGGACUCGGAACAGAGCGUCGUCCUACACGGCAGCGCAGAUGCCCAGCAGGGAGCGGAAGCUGCGCUCAUCGGCGGCAUCUCGAAACGAUUUGCGCCGCAAACGGGGCUGGUUGGCGAGUUGGUCAACAAACACAUGGAGGAGUACGUAGAAUCCGAGUUAGCUAGGCGCAUGCGGCACGCCGCAGAAGCCGCCGCCCAGCAGGAAGCGCAAGAGCGGCAGCAGAUGCACAGCGGCAGCACUACAUCUACGACCGACGGCCAGCCGGGGCCUAGCUCAGCAGGUCCCGACGGGCAAGCCGAUUCCCAGCGGGUACUGCAAGGCCGAAUUCUCGAGAUCGACCUCGGCGAAGAAGCCCGCGCGCGGAACGUCGCCAUGACCGAACGCGCGCGAAGGCGGCUGGAAGGUCAGAUCGAGGAGGAAGAGCUCGACGAGAGCAAAGGACAGUCUGGGAAAGCCCGUCUCGGGAGGGACGGCAAGCCACUGCGGUCGAGAAAUCGUCGCGGGAGUGACGAUAUCAAGCGCGACCAGCUCGUCGAGGAGUUCCUGAGCGAGAACAGGCUCAGCUUGUACGACAACCAAUCCGAGCAGGCCGCCAACCCGGCCAGCGUCGAAGAGGAAGAUGUUGCUGCCGAUGACCGGAUCGCCGAGGAGUUCCGGCGCGAAUUCAUGGAGGCCAUGGCGCAGCGGAACCGGAGGCGAAGACCGGCGCAUCCUGCCAAACCCGGAGCCAAGAACGCCAGGAACAAGGACGAGAUCCUCCGGGGCCCGAAGCUGGGAGGAAGCCGGAACGACCGAGCAGCCAUGCGGGAUCUGUUGCUGAAGGAGCAGGUGAACAAGAAAAAGAGGUAAAGCCUGGGCUACCUUGUCAUGGCUCGGCCAGACUUGGGUCGGACCUCGACAACCCGACUCCCGACUGCCAUGGCG